UGCCUGGAAAGGUUUUUCGCGCAGACGUUUUUGCAUGUGCAAGAGAAGGCUGGACGGAUGAGUCCCUCGAAAUCCUUCAGGUGCUCUCGCAGAGGAGCAGAGAAAAGCAAGGAAUUUCACAUCAUCGGCCUCCUCUCGCCGCUCCUCUAAAGAAGGAACUGAAAACGACGUAGCUUUGCUGUAGAGUCGGCUCUCUUGCUGACCGACGCGUCUUUUCUGCUUGACGUACGAGGACGGCAAACGCUCUCGGCUGCUCUAAAGCUGAUUCUUUCAGCGAGACUGAUGAUGCAGGCUUCUGUUCACCUGUGUCGAUGUCGGAUAUCCCGCAUGUUUCUCUCCCGUUAGAUUCCACUUGCAACGUCUUUGGAGCCGCCGUCUGCGGCCUCUGUCGGCAGAUCUGUCGCGCCGUUCUGACGCGCUGGUAGAUCGUAGUUCACCUUGACGUUGUACGUACACCUGACCAGGUGUUUGACGCGUGACUCGAACUGUGCAGGCUUCACUUUUACUUUUCUGCAGCUGAGAACGCCGCUGUUUGUUCCCAGUACGGCAGCGAAUUUCUCCGUCUGUAUCUCGUCUCGUAUCUUUCAGUCCGCAAUACCACCGUCUCUUGUUACCUUCACAUAGUGGUCUUCACAGAUUCCAUGAGCCACUCUCUUUUACAAAGGUCGGAUCCGUUCACCUAUGACACAAGUAAAUCUGCGUGCCGCGUCACUUCCAGGACGCCAGACCUGCGCGUUUGGCCCAGUCGGGAGGCCUCUAUCUCACUCCCCGUUUUUGCCGUACUCAGCGAUCACACUGACACGCAUGCAAGUCGGGAAUUUCCAGGGAAGUCCAGGUGUGCGUGAAUCGUACAGGACUGUCUAGACCGGCAGGAUGACUGCGACGGCUGACAGAGAAGGGAUGGAUCUCCAGCAGCUCGUGCUGCGGAGCGAGAGCGUCGUCGACGAUGUGCUGCGGCAGCAACUCAAGGAAGUGCAGCGACAACAGGAUAAAGUCUUUCACGAGCUUCUGAGUGUACAACGCCUGCUGGACUAUCUUCCCCUGCUUGAACAUCAGCAGAAAGAGCAGCUGAGUGCUCUGCGGCGGCACCGCAAGGCGUUGCGUGAGCUUCGGCUCCUCACAGGGCCUCGGCAGGCGUCCUCGGAUUCUGAAGACGAAGGGGGGGGAGAAGGCAGCGACGCCAAGGGAGACGGAAAGCAAGGGAAGACGGCGGAGCGCUCGGCCAAGUCCAAGAAGAAGGCGGACCAGCCUCCGGUGCCCGUUGACGCACUGGUGAAUAUCGGAUGCAACACCUACCUCAAGGCACGGGGCGACGACGUUGGAAAGCUUCUUGUCAAGGUGGGGUUCCAGUUCUACCUCGAAAUGACUCUCGAAGAAGCAGCGGACUUCCUCACCAAGAAAGAAGCGAUCUUGCUCAAAAAGUACGACCACUGGAGUGCCAAGUGCGCAGACAUCAAGGCUCAAAUUCAGGUGUUGCUGCAAGCCAUCGCGGCAGUCGUUGAGGAACCGGCGCUACGAGAGUUCCCAUACGCCUGACUUUGUUCCCGGCAGCCGAUGCAUGCGCAACCGAUAACGGAUUGACUGUGCUCUCUCUUCAGCGCAUGGGCGCCAGUUACCUGUAUUACCUGUCUCGAGUAGCAUAUAUAUAUAUAUAUACUUAUCGGUAUGAUUAUCUGUUGUCUUUAACCCUUUGGAUACACGUGUAAAAUCUAUAAAUUUUCGGAUGUUUAUUUUAUACCUACAUGCGUUUCGGCGUUUGGUAUGAGAAAGAUCAUCUACACAGUGGUGUGUAGGUGUGCCCCUGCAGUGUUUGAAGGGCGCAGCUACAUGCACGAGAUUGUAUUUUUGGUGCGUAAAGAGGCAGUCUGAGACACAGAGUUUUGCGCAGGUUUUAAGAGUCACUUCUUCCACUGCUUUCCCCUUUCGUUGCCUGCCUGGUGACCUUCCUGUUCAACCAGUCUCUCGACGCAACUCUAGCAAGUAUAGACAGGAGAAAAUGCGUCGACGAAACAAUCUUUUCAGUCUCUCUUGCGCUGCCCGGGCUGCGAUCGCGACAGUGGCGAUAUGAUGGACAUUUACCCGUUUCCCUGUCUCAAGCAGCUGAGUGGUCAACUGGCGGACUCUGUUCUUGGCAUUAGGCGUCUCCUUCGCGCUGUCAACUUCAUCGGUACACCAGGUGCGCAAUGGCGAUUUCCGUUUCCAACUCCCACAGAAUCGACGGAUAAAAAUGGCCGC